AUGGACGUGACGUUUCUCGAAGACAGCGACGAUAUCGACGUUCAGGCGCCAACGCCCGAGCCCGACUUGGCGUCGGCGCCACCGCUCGACAUCAUCUCACUCUCGCACUUGCUCGCACCACCGCGGUUUGCUGCGCCGCCAGCGUUCAAUGAGGCAACACUGCUCAAGCGUCGGGAUGGGGCGGCUGGGAUGGAGCUUCUCGGUACGGACGACGAUGACGGUGCCGACGUCGUUUUCUUGGACGACGAGCUCAUCGAGGCCAAGCGCACCGAGUUGCAGAUGCCACCGCUGUACGGCGACGACGUCGACAAGAGCCUCGUCCUUCGAGUGCUCAACCGAUCGCGCAUUCUCAAAAAAUACCUCGACCCAACAACAAUGCAGCGGCAAAUGAACGGCGUUCGGCGGCGCGUCACCUCGGUCGCCGCGUCGUCGCCGGUUGUUGAGAAGUUCAACGCUGCCAAGACGGUAGACGGAUCGUAUCCACGUCCGUGGACUUCGGGCGGCGGUGACGGCAAUGAGGUUCCGCCGCGCAGCAGCGACGACUUGGACGCAUUUGAGAACCAGCUCGACGACGACUACGACGAUGAAGAGACGACGCCAGGUGAUGACAAUGUCAUCGGAGAUGGUGGCUCUGGCCGGCAAACCUCCUCCUCAAAACGAUCACGUCGUCAGUCGAGCAACGUUGCAGUCGCUGGUGGCCUUGCCGAUGCCGUCGCCAGCGUCAUGCAGGUGGCGCCGAGUAAGCUCGCCUCCGCCCUCGAGCCCAAAGAAAUGGAUGCGGGCGCAAUCUUGGCGCUCGACGCCACGUCAUUGACGCCUCCGGACGGCGAUAUUGCGCCUGUUUCGAUGAGCAUCGCCCAAAAGCAGCGCGACAAGGCCGCAGCGCGCACCACGACGUCCAGUGUCGUCGCAGAAAUGGACGAAGUCGACUUGACGUCGCCGACGCCGGCCAGUCCUCGGCGGCGUACCGAUGCAAAAAAGAAAGCCAAGCUGCCGGGUGGCUCAAGUUCCGACUCGGGCGUCGAGUCGUCGCUCGAAGCCAUGUACGAAGCCGCGCUGCGCGCCGAGCGGGCGCGUGAAUGGCGUCAGGCCACGCUACUUGCGUGCGCGUGCAUCAACAUGGACAAGGAGUGCGUCGAAGCCAUCUUCUUGCGGGCGCGGCUCUGUCGACGCCUUGGUCUUUGGUCCCAGGCACUCAAAGAUCUCACCUCGGCGCUGCGCAUUUGUCCCAGCAACCAUCGCCUGCACUUGCAGCGAGCGCAUAUUCAUAUUCAGCUCCAGGAUUUUCACGCUGCUAUCAACGACCUGACGUCGGUCCUUUCGCAGCACCCAACAUCGGCCGAGGCACUCCUUCUCCGAUCGCAGAUCUACACCAAGCAAAACAGCCUCGCCUUUGCCAUCAAGGAUUUGACGACAAUUGUCAAAUUUGACCCGAAAAACUGGCGCGCCUACUACGAACGCGGGCAUCUCCGGCACCAGCUCAUGGAAGGUCUCGUGCACGAAAAGGACAUUGACACUGAGAGUCAAAUUGCAUCACCACAGCUCAUGCUGCACGUGCUCGACGACUACCUCAGCGCCCUCCGUGCCGGCUGCACGCUGCCCGAAGUCGUCGAGGCCAUUGGCGACGUGUGUCUUCGCCUGGUCGCCGCCUCACGGGAUGCCAAACCGCUUUUGCACACGAUCCACUCACUCUCGGGUCUCGUGGCGCUCAUCGACGACGCUGACGCGCGCACCAACCUCCGCGCCCGCGGCGCUAAAUUGCGCGACGGGCCCGUCGGGCUCCUCGCAGUGCUCUUGGCGCAGCGCGGCCGGCUCCAGACACUGAUUGGAGAGCACGCCAAGGCCGCCGCCGAUCUGGACCGUGCAGUCGUGCUCGACUACCAUUACGCGCCGGCGCACUUUUACCGCGGCGCCCUCGCGAGCUUGUAUGCGCACGACGAAGCCGCCCGCAAGGUCGUCGAGACGCACCUCUCGCGCAGCGUGUCACUGGACCCGACGAUCACGGGCGCGUACAUUGUGCGCGGCGGCGUCUUCGCCUUGGAUCUACGCUACACGAGCGCGCUCCAGGACUUCAAGGCCGCUGUGUCGAUUGACCCGACGUUGGACUCGAUCUGGGUUCAAAUGGGCGUCAUCUUCUUGUCGCACUACCACGACUGCGCCGCCUGCGUGAGUGUGUGCACAACCGCACUCACCAACGACCGCAGCCUCGAACAAGCGCUCUAUUUGCGUGCCGAGUCGUAUGCGCGGCAAGGCCGUACCGGCGCUGCGCUGCGCGACUAUGUGCGGCUGGUUCAGACCAACCCGACCGACGCGUUUGCGCACUUGCUGCAAGGCAAACUGCUGCUGCAGCUCGGCCACGGCCGUCCGGCCUUGUACGCCUACAUGUCGUUCAUGGAGCUCUCCGAACACGGCGUCGAUCGCAUCUCGCGUGGCAUCGCAUACCGCGUCCUCUCACAGCACGCAAAAGCUGUGCGUGAGUUCAAGCUGGCGGUCGAGGACCACCCGUCGUCCGAGAAUCUGUACUUGCUCUCUGAGGCGCUGCAUUCGAUGGGCGAUACCGAGGCGGCGCUCGAGGUCAUUGAGCGCGCGAUCGCAACCGAGCCGCAGUGCGCGAGAAACUACCUCCGGCGCGCGCAGUGCUACCUUGGCCGCGGCGCCCUCAAGUCGGCCAUCAUCGAGUACGACUUUGCGCAGACACUCACGGAAAAGGCAGAGCUGCCGCGCUUGCUCUACGAGCGCGCCAUGUGCCGCAUGCAGCUUCUCGUCAAGUGCUGGCACCAGCUCGAGUGUCUUCACGCCAAAACGCAUGUCGAGUGCAAAAUGGAAAGCAAUUUCAAACCCGGGACGCCGCUGCCGGAGACGCUAUCCCAGGGCGACAUGACUGUGCCCGCGCUCACGAGCUACAUCAAGACACUCUACAACGAGACUCUCGCGGACUUUGCCAAGUGCCUCAAGCUCAGUGCGCCCACGCCGCUGGUCGAUGCGCUCGUCGACCGUGCCGAGCUCUACGCGCUGGGCGGCGACUUUAGCGCCGCAUACGCCGACCUCGAUGCGGCACUACUCGCGCAGCCCGGGGACGUCCGCGCGUAUAUCAACUGGGGCAUCCUCGACAGUCGCCUGGCGCGUCGGGCCUCGAGCAUCGUGCAAUACGACCUCGCGCUGCAGCACCAACCGAACCACGCGCUGGCUUACUACAACCGUGGCGUGGCGUACCAUCAUUUGUGUGUGCACGCCCAAGCCGAGGCCGACUACACCAAGGCCAUCGUGCUGGACCCAACGCUUUUAGAUGCGGUGCGGAACCGGGGGAUUGCGCGCUGCCACUUGUCGGACUUUGCGGGCGCAACGACAGACUUUGAACAAGUGCAUCGGAGUGCCCCGGACGACCUCGAGCUCUACCUUGGGUUAGGCUACGUCUACCUCAAGACGGGUCGGUUCCACGAUGCGAUCGGACUCUUCCGGGCGUCGGCGAGCGUCAACCCGCGGGGUCUGGAUGCCUUCUUGGACGCUGGCAACACGUUCUUGACCAUGGCACUCUUCUUGAGCGAGACCUCCAACCCUCUCAAUGCGCUGCACUCGUCGAGCGCCAAGACAGAUACGUUCCGGUCGCUUCUGCACCAAGCGCUCCACUGCUACCAGCGCGCCGUGCGGCUGGACCCAACGAGCGUCGACUGCCGUCUAAAUUUGGCCGCGCUCUUCCGCGCGCUUCGGGACAUGCCCAAUGCGGUGCGCCAGUACGCCAUGGUGCAGGGCCUCGACCCGCAAAACCACGUCUUCCACGAAGAAAACGCCAUCAUGCUCGCAGACGCGGGCCAGUACGACGACGCGAUGAAGCACUGGAACGACGCGAUCCGGCUCACGAUUUCGACCAACAGCAUCAUUGAAAUGGAGUAUACGAUCAUCGCCAACACGCCGUACAUGGAGCGGCGGCCGUCAAAGUCGGACGUCGUCGACGACCCGGACGGCAACUACCUGCUGGACCGACUCUUGGCGCAGAAGGCCGAGGCAGUCAAGUCGAUGCUGCAAAGCCGGUGGCGUACGAUCGAGUCCCCCGCGGCCGCGACCUCGAUCACCGGACUCAAGAAGAAGCUCGCCGUGCAGCUCACGGAGCGCGGAAAGGCGUACGAGCGCCUUGGCUUGCUGGACAAGGCGCGUCUCGAGUACCUCUACGCGUCCUAUUUUGACCCGUUGGCGUACGCCGUGUACUUUCAAAUGGGGACACUCGCGCUGCGAGAACGACGCACCGACGAUGCGGUGCGGCACUUUGACCAAGCCAUUGCACUGCAUCCAAAACUCGGACUCGCGCACUUGAAUCUCGCAAUGGCCCAUUUGCAAACGAAAAACGUUGUGGCGGCAAAAGCGGCGCUGGAAACCGCGGCCGAGCUCAUGCCCGAGUGCGGGUUUGUGUGGGCGAACCUCGCGUGCGCGCACUUGCAACUGGAUAACGACCGCCGAGGCGCAGUCGAUCGGCUGUCGUCAGCGCUUAAGUGCAUGCCGACGUUCGCGCCCUUCUAUGUCGCCCGCGGGCGCGUGCUCACCAAACUCAAACUGCUCCACGAUGCGAUGGUGGACUUUGCUGCCGCGCUUCAAAUGGGCUACAAGGCGCCACUGUAG